UUGCCGAUGCUUCCUGGCUUCAAUUACCAGUUUAAAUAUGCAAAUAUUCACCUCCUUGUGCAAUUCAGGUCCGUUUAAAUUAUACUUCCAUGGUUUAAAAUCUGGAUAAAAUUACUAUAGCAGUACUCUGAUUCGCUCUGUAGCUUCUCUUUGGCACUUGGAACAAAGGAAUAGAAAUUGGUUGUUGAGGUAAGGUAAUUAAGAAAAAAAAUCCCCAUUGUUUUUUGUUUGUCUGAUUGUGGUUAUAGUCUAUUUUAAGCCCAUAUAUUUUUCUGUUGUUGUGAAUUGUACUCACCUGCAUGUAGAAAUAGUAAGAUAAAAUUGUUUCACUUUUGAGUAUAUACUAAAGUUCAGGAUAUUGGGAAGCUUUCUCACAUCAUGCAAGGAUAUAAAACCUAGAAAAAUUCAGACAGUAGUAAAGCCAUCACACAACGUCUCCUAGGAGCAUCUCAAAUGUCCUUCGAGAAACUUAAUAUAAGCAGGUUAACUGAAGUGAAUUUUCGUCUCUUUGCUUUGCAUCACUUUCAUGAAGCCUUCGGUACCCUAAAUCUUUACAAGGAAGCUAGGCCAGUGUAUUUUUGUAAUGAUAUUUAGUUCUAUAGGCAACCUGCUUGCAUAGUAUAUUAUAACCUCUUCUUAACUUGCCUUUAAUAACAAACAUGAUGGUACACAAAUUAGUUUUAGGAUGAUACUACUAAGAUGAAUCUUUCCAGGUGUACCGUGGAAACAAAUAAUCUUAUGCCAUUUUAAUUUAUUGAAUACUGCAGACGUACAAAUAUUCAUUCACGAGAGUGCACCAAGAACAAUUGUUUUGGACUUUUUGAAGUUAAAUUCUGUGACUUUGUACAUAAAUGCUUAGGUACAUUACAACGUAGAAUUUCAUAAGUAUAAUUUUUAAAACUUCAAGUAGAAAUUCAUUUGUACUUUUUUUUUGCCUUUUAUGAUUGAACUAUUUUUCUAUUUAUACGUGAAUUUUCACGUGCAAGCUUACUAAUUUGCUUAAGUUCAGUAAGUAAGUGUUGGUCGACAGGCUAUGUUCUGACGUUGUAUGUUCAAGAUUUAUAAUAAGUAAAUAUUAGAUGAAGCAACUUGGGGCAAGCUUAAAAUCAUGUCUAAUAGAUAUCUUUUCUUGCUACAUCUGUAGCAAGAUUUUCAAGUUGUUAGCCAUGCAAAAAGUAAGCUAGAUUUUCAAGUUGCUUGUGUGCAGUACUCUGGUUUUCAGGUUUAAUUCUUCUUACAUGUAUCCGCUGUUGUAUUUAAAAAAGGAUCCAGAUCGAUGACUUCAUAUGAUAUUUUCCUGCAUUUUUGUUUAUUGUUUAUGUACAUAAAAAAGGAAAUUUUCCUGCAACUGCAACCACAUAAUCCGUAGUUUGUUGGUUUGUUUCUAAUAAUAAUAUGUGUGAUCUUUUUCCUUUGAAGUUCGAACCUUUUGAUUUUAGGGAUGCCAUUUAUAAAGAUAAAGAAAAAUAUUUCCAGAGUUUUUAAAAUUGUUCAAAUUGUAAAGGUCGUUCAGAUUUGAAAAGGAAUAUAGAAGCUGGUAGGAGCAUAGAAGCAAGCGAGCGAAUGAACGGAAGAGCCAGCGAGCGAAGGGAUGUUAUUGGGCCAGGCCCAAUCGGGUCUUCCUUCAGGCGGCAUCUCGGACACGCGCCGCUGAAGGCGGCAUCUAGGAGCUCCCUACUGUUCAGCUCGGGGCAGUGGCUGUCAGUCCCCUUGCGGGCCAUUGUUUUCGUGGGUCGCGUGUGGCUUCCGCCUGCGAUACAGUGUCUUUCCUAUUUAUUCGGUUGUUUAUGAACCGUAUCUUUUCUAUUUACUAGGUAACUGCCCUUGCGUAGCCACGGGAAAGUAGAUAUAGCUUAAACGGCAUAUAUACACCAUGACCCUUGAUUCAUGUGUAAGCUUAACUCCCAGUACCACACGUCAAAAUGCAUGUUGUCUCUUCUCCAACUACACCCACCUUUCCAGCUCCGCGUCACCUCCCACCAACCUGAGGCGUUCCUGGUCCACUUCGACCUGCCGGCGCACCGCGAUGACGCCGUGCGGAGGGGCUCCAUCAAGGUGGACGUCUUCAAGUUCUUCAUCCGUGCUUGGCACGAAGACGACCACGCAGCUAUCAUGAGCUUGCCGCUGCACGUCCGUAUCGUCGUUGAAGGCCUCCCGAUGCAGUUCUGGUCCUUGGAGGGGGCGGACGAGGCGUUCGGCGACUUCGGCCGCAUCGACCGCCUUGACAGCCGGACCCUGGAGCGAGGCCACACCAAGACCUUCGCCUGCUGGCUCUGGACAUGGAACGUCGCGCACAUCCCCACCACGCGGGCGCUCUGGGUGCUCAAGAGGGGAGCGGGCCGCGUCGACGAGAUCAUCGGCUACUCCCCUCCUGAUCGUCGCAUCCCUCCUCCGCCGGGCGUCCGCCGCUACGACAUGCUCAUCCACGUGGAUCGGAUGGAGGACUGGACCCCGCUCUCGCCGCGCUCCUCGCACUCGGGACAGAGCGGGAUUCCUUCCUCCUCCGACGAUGACGACGACCGCCCCUUUCCACGGACCGAGCCUGGCUCCUGGGCUGCUGGCGUCGAGGACGGCCAGGCCCCGGGGAGGAGGGCGGCUCCGAGGGCGCCGGCUUCCGGAUGCAGGGGCGGGCCUCGGGUCGACGAUCGCCGCGACCAAGACCGCGACGACGAGCAAGGUGGGCUGCGGCGCACCUGGAAGGACGCGUUUCUGGGCAACUCUUGCCACGCCAAGGGCAAGGCCACUGACGUCGUCGAGGCCGCUCCCCGGCCACGCAACAAGGCUCCCUCUGAUCGUCGCCAUGAAGACCAAACCAAGGACAAAGUCAAGCACAAGAAGGCAAAGGAGGGCUCUGUUCUCAGGGCCACUCCCCCGCUCCCACUCCGACCGCGCGAGCCCGCACGCCAGAGCGCCUCCGAGCCUGACCCGGUGGCCCAGUUUUUCUCCUUCCCUGGCGGGCGCACCCUCUCCCCUCCGCCUCGUACAGACGUCAUGCAGCUGGAGAUCAAGAACGCCAUGCGCGACGCGCUUACUUCCCCGCUGGCCUUUGAAGAUGGCGGCCGCUCGCCGCCCCACGCUUCGACGCGCCGUGGGGCCGUGGACGGCUUCCCGGAGGACGACAUUCUGCCAUGCAUCGCCGACCUCGAUGCCCCUCUCAGCAGCCCUUGCAUCUCCACCCCGGCUCCUGCUGCUGUGGGUUUUCAAGUCGCCGCCAUAACCCAGAAGGUUGACUGCCUCCACAUCGAUGCUGGGUAAGGGAGCACCAGUCAGGCGGGCGGUUCGCCGCGUCUGUUCAGCCCCUCUCCGACGACCAUCCUCGACGCCCCGCCCGCUCCGCCCGUC